AUGGUUGUCAUGGAAAUGAACGAGACUUAUUCGGGAAUUGUUUUGAGGUUACGGUAGUUAAACCCCUUAUAAAUUGUCUUUACGUUUGGACGAAAUAAACUGUCCAUACUUAUAUAACCAAGGUGAUUUAUAUCUGGCGGCAAGGUCGGUAUGCCGAUGAAUUUUUACGCCUACUUAACAAAAAUAUUUUUUUCUGGAGCUGACAUUCGCUAUUUUCAACCGACCAAAUUUCAAAAAAAAUCUUGAAUUGACCUUUCUAUGCCUUCCCAGAGUCUUGAAGAAUUAUUUUCGGCCGAAACCGCUGAGAUUUAGCAACUUUUUUUUGCCAAGUAGGCGUAAAAAAUCAUCGGCAUACCGACCUUGCCGCCAGAUAUAAAUCACCUUGGUUAUAUUAAUUUUUUUUCAGAAAUCAGUUUGAUCGACCUUUGGCUUCUACUCAGCUUGUUCAAUUAAAAUUGGCUGACAUGCUGACUGAAAUUACAAUUGGCCUCCAAGCAUGCCUCAGGGUCUCCAGAUUGAAGGAUGAAGGAAGGUAUGGUCUUAUAAUCUUGGCAUAGUCUGAAAUCAAAGUCACGUCAUUACAUAUUUUUCAAAAGAGUUGUGUAAUUCAAUAUUCAAUCGAUAUGGACACAAAAAUGACGAAGACAUCAAAACACCGAGAAUUUAAUAGUACAAAAAUAUUAUAAUUUGGCUGCACGUGAACAUUUUCGCGGAUUUUUGUGUGUGUGUGUGUGAUAUCUUGUAUUGCAUAACUUUAAUUUGUAGGGUUGCGUCAGAACAAAUCUCGCUAAUCAAGAGAAAUUCUUGCGGAAAAUCCCUGGAGAUCGCCAGAAAAGCUCGUGAUAUUCUCGGAGGCAAUGGAAUAGUAGAUGAAUUUAACGUGAUGAGACAUCUGGUCAAUCUGGAAACUGUGAACACAUACGAGGGAACCCAUGAUAUCCAUGCCCUUGUCCUGGGACGCGCAAUCACCGGAUUACAAGCGUUUAAAUAA